AAGCGGCGGUUUCGCUUUCACACCACCGGGGGCCAUGUAUAUAAAACCAGACACAACUUUUGGAUUUUCAACAAAAACCAACUAACGUCGUCGGUUUCUUUAUUUCGAGUUCCCCAAGUUUCUGUCUCUUCCUCGGUCCUAUAUUAUUCUUUUCUUGUCCCAAAGUUUCCCGGCGACCAAGGCAAGGUGGCGCGUGCAUUACACUGCCCGUUCAUCCCAAAGGUUAUUUCAUCCUGAAAGAUCCUGACUUUGAUUUGAAAGGUUUGCUUGAUCAGGUGGAAUGUUAUACAAGAACAUGGCAAAUUGGAACCUUGAUCAGGAUGUUGUUCGUUGGGGUUUGCAUCAUCUCUUGGAUUGUACCCUUUCGAAUGAUUUUUCUCGAAGUACUGUUACUGAAUAUCAAUGGGACUCUAGUCAAGUAGAGUGUGUAAACGAAGGUUAUGUUGAGCCUUGUAGUGUGGAGAACGAUGAGGUUUUAGCUCGUGCGUUGCAAGAAGAGCUAUCUAGACUUGCAAAGGAAGAGGCCGCGGGAGUUUCUAGUUACGGAGAUGCGCCUUUGCAAGCGUCGAUUCUUGCACAGGAUUGGCUCGGUCCUUCAAGCAGACACAAUGGUUCUGGGCUUGAAAAUGUUCAGGAUGCAGUGUUAGAUUUUGGCAGGAUGAUGGACAACGAUGAUUAUAGAAAUCAGGAAAAUGAGGGGGAUGGUCCUAGGAGAAAUGGAAAUGGGGAAGCAUAUGAAAACAGUGAUGGAGAGCACUCGGUGGAUGGGGAAGACUUUUUGCAUCCGUGGGAUAUAACAGAUGAGUAUGCUCUUGAUGGUGAAGUAGGGAGAAGAUUGAAUCAGAUGGUUCCUGUUCCUCAUAUUCCUAAAACGAAUGAGAAAAUACCCACAGUUGAUGAAGAGAUAUCAGAUCAUCAGAGGCUUAUUGAAAGACUGAAGUUGUAUGAGUUGGUGGAGUGUAAGAUCUCGGGAGAUGGGAACUGUCAGUUUCGCGCUUUAUCAGAUCAACUAUAUCGUUCUUCUGAAUACCAUGGCCUUGUAAGAGAUCAAAUUAUUCAACAGCUCAAGAAUCACCCCGAAAUAUAUGAUGGUUAUGUUCCGAUGGGUUAUGUUGAUUACAUAAAGAAAAUGAGCAAGAGUGGUGAAUGGGGCGACCAUGUCACGUUGCAGGCUGCUGCAGAUUCGUAUGGUGUCAAGAUAUUUGUUAUCACUUCUUUCAAGGAUACAUGCUAUAUUGAGAUCCUUCCACAUGUUUCAAAAUCUAGUAGAGUUAUCUGCUUGAGCUUUUGGGCUGAGGUGCACUACAAUUCUAUCUAUCCUGAAGGAGAACUUCCUCCGCCCAGCUUACAGAAAAAGAAGCAUUGGUGGAACUUCUAAGCACAAAAAGAAGAAAUGGUAGAACUUUGGAAGUGAGUAUCCCGCGAUUGACACAAACUAUUCUGUUGAGGAGGUUUCAAUUUGUGUUGGCAUUUUCAUACCUUCGGCUCCCAGGAUCAGAGGCUGAAAACUGUUGCAUGUUCAACCUUCAGAAUUGGCUUUGGCAUGGUUCCCUUGCUUCCUCACUGCUUUAGUUCCACAGUAAAUAGUAUACAUUCUUUGAUUUCUUUUACUUACCUCACCUCUGAUUUAGGUCAUUUGUCAUUCAUUUUUGUACAUAAACAGUUCUCUUAUAUUAAUAUUAUCUUUUCUAUUCCCUA